ACUUAAAAAAAAAUUUAUAAUGAUUUCAAAAUAAUUGGUUUUCUUUGUAAUCCAAUAUAUUUUAUUUUAUGAAAUUAAAAAAUCAUUUAAAUAAGGGGUCUGUAGACUCUAUCAGAGUUCCAAAGGGGUCCACAACACAAAAGAGGUUAAAAACUGCUAUAAGGGAAUUGUUUUUAGCCUCAUGGUCUCUCUUAGAUUUGAGGUCUGAGGUUAGAGGGUAGAGGCAAGUAGAGAAACCAUUGGUAUUUUCUUUUCUUUUGUAUGUGUGCAAGGAGGGAUCAGGUGAGCAGAGUGUCUUUUACUCCACCAUCUUAACUCCUAGCAUACAAACAACCAUUGGUAUAUUUUAGUGACUGUGAGGAGCUGUUCUGUUGUCUAGAAUAAAAGUGGCAUAAGAAAGACAUGGUACCAUGAGAUGGGUUGUUAGAGAGGAGGGUAGGAAUAUGUACUUGUUGUUUGUGCUUGUAGGUUGUAUUUAUCAAGGUGGGAAAUUAUUCACUCAACAUUUAUUUAACAAAUGUUUACUAAGCCCUUAGGUAUAUAAGUCUCAGCUUCCGAGAGACUACUACUACUAACUAACAGGUUUAAAGACAGAAACAUACAGAAUCGGAAUUAAUAAAUUUAGAGUAGAAAGAAACUUUACAAGCCAUCUGAUCCAGUAUCUCAUUUUACAGAGAUCCCUGAGGUCUGGAGUGGACAAAUAAGUUUUUAAUAGGGUCAUACAGAGAGGAAAGGGACAGAGGCAAGAUUUGGACCCUUGUCCUUUAAAUCUAAAUCCAAUGUUCUUUUCACUGUUAUUGACCAUACACUGGCCUGUAUGUGUAAGAUAGGAUUCCUAUCUUUAAGUACCUUAUAGCUUAGGAGAUAAAUUUAUUGGGAGAAUAUCAGGGAAUUCUAUGUGCAUACACAUGCAGGUACACAUUUGGAGGUAGGCAUAAGUUAGAAGGUAGAGUGUUAUGUGUAUUAUUUGGUAUUUUCCAGCUAUCUUCAUAUUCCCUAAUGCCUCUUCCCUAUUUCUUAUAUUCCCAAUUACUGGCCACCCCUAUACCCACUACCUCUUGGCUAGUAUAGAUUUUACCAUACCUGAAGCCACAAACCUUGGCUCAAGAGGAAUUGUGAUGGUCAAAGCAUAAACAGAGCCUGGGUGAUGUCCAGACUGUCUGAGAGACCUAGCUUGUUCCUGAGAGCCAGAGUCAGUCAAUGAAUUUUCUUAGAAAGCUUGAAUCAUUUUUGUAAGCACCAUCUUGCCUGCUUUUCUGUCCUUGCUCCUAUCUUUGUCCCGGAGAUCUGAACCUUUCUAGGUUUCAGCUAUCUCCAUUUAUCUGGGCUCAGGCUUUAUUAUCCUCCACCUGCCUGUCUUUCAACAGCUUCACAUUGCCUCCAAGGAAGUCAAAGUUCUUAAAGAGAAGCUGCUGGAAAACUUAUUGCUAAAGAAUCCAUCAUAGCAAUGUGCCAAAGAAAGGAUACUGCACUGGGAAUCUGAAGACCUGAGUUCUUGCCCUGGUCCUCCCACUAAAAUACUGUGUGACUCACAUGACCUUCCAAGUUUUCAUUGUCCUCAUCUGUAAAAUGAGAAAACUGAACUAGUUGAUUUCCAUGGUCCCUCUAGCUUGAAAAUCCUUAUUCUUUAAAAACUCUUUGGAAAGUAGAGAUCUUUCUCAAAUUCCCAAACCCAUCCCACAGGGUCCCCACAUACUCUUUCUCCCUGGCCUGAAAUCAGCCCUGAUAGAUUCCUGACCAUUCUGGGGUUCUACUUUCACUGGGAAGCUGGUGGACGAGGUUAGUGGGAGAAUAAACAAAGCCAAAGAAGCUCCCAGCUCUUAGAGUCUCAGAUUUCGGAUUUCAUCAUCAGAGCAGCAUCUCUGGUGCCUCCUUCCCCUCCCUCCACUUCAGGCUCUGGCCAACAACUUUCCUUUGCAGGAAACAUCUGCUAGGGGAGGCUGGGCUGGGCUGGGGGUUACUGGAGGACAUUGGCCAGGACCAUCCCCCAGAUCCUGUAACUUUAAGUGUGUGUUUGGGGCUGUGCGUCCUACCCUCCCUCCCUCAUGCCCUACACAGGCAACUCUAACAAAGAAACUGUUUGCCAGGCAGUCAACCCCAGAGGAUCGGGGACGGGUGGAGAGGACAGAGAAGAGGGGCUGAGGCUGUUCUUCUUGGUAUGUCCAGUAGCAGCUGCCCAGGGGGAGGGCAGGGAGUCACAGCUCCCUUCCUGGUGACCGAGUGAGGAGUCUAUGCUUCAUUGCCUUGCCCCCAUGAACCUUGGAAGUGACAGGCAGGGACAAAGGAUUUGGGAAUCUCACUCCAUCCUGGCGCUUUGGAUGGGCUCUGAGUCACUCUGUCAUAAAGGCUUGCCGUGAACAGUGAGUGAGUCAUAGAAGGGGCUGGAGCUUUGAACUCCACAGCAUGGCCAUACCUGCUCCUGAAUCUGCCUGUGGGACUCACCUGAGCUAGCCAUUUGGCUGGGGCUGUCCAGGACUCCCUAUGGAUAUGGUACAUGUAUCACCUUUUGCGGGGCGGGGAGGCUUCCCAGCUUGCCUUUUUGGAUGAAGUCUGAGAGUUACAAUCACCACUAACCGGAAGGACGCAUUUCACCACACCCUUUCCAGGGAAUCCCCAGGAGUGGAAGGUCACCCACAUUGUGAGCGUCAGUUGGGAAGAAGGGGCUCGAUAGCGGGACACUGGCCAGUGAGCUCAUCCUGUGACCUACUCUGACCACGUCCUUUUGGCUGGACACACCUUGUGUUGAAAAGGAGACCUGAGAGUGAGGGUUAACGACAGGACGGUCACUGACCCUUUGCCUUCCAGCCCGAGGUCACUGGUCUACUGUCAGCGCAGGCAAGAAUCACCCUGUGGACAGUGGGGGAAGGGAGCACCAAGGAGCUGGACAAGUUAGGGGACCGGAUGAGAGGGGAGCAAUGGACUCUUUAACAGAAUCUGGGGUGCUCUGGAGCCUAAUGCUGGCUCAGGAAAGUGAGUCUUUGCCGUGUUACCUGCAGAGGUUCAACAGCUUAUCCGCAAGCUACGAACACUGGUAUUGCCAUGGAUCUGAAGAAAUCCCAGCAGUGUUAAGCCCAACUUACAAACAGCGGAAUGAAGACUUCAGAAAGCUUUUCAAGCAACUUCCUGACACAGAGCGUCUCAUCGUUGAUUACUCAUGUGCGCUACAAAGAGACAUUCUCCUCCAGGGCCGACUCUACCUCUCUGAAAAUUGGAUCUGUUUCUACAGCAACAUCUUCCGCUGGGAAACUCUGCUAACAGUGCGAUUGAAAGAUAUCUGCUCCAUGACUAAAGAAAAAACAGCCCGACUUAUUCCCAAUGCAAUCCAAGUUUGCACAGACACUGAGAAGCACUUUUUUACAUCCUUCGGGGCACGAGAUAGGACAUAUAUGAUGAUGUUCCGGCUCUGGCAGAAUGCCCUCCUUGAGAAACCUCUGUGUCCCAAGGAGCUGUGGCACUUUGUCCAUCAGUGUUACGGAAAUGAACUAGGCCUGACCAGUGACGAUGAGGACUACGUGCCCCCAGAUGAUGACUUCAACACGAUGGGCUACUGUGAGGAGCUCCCAGUAGAAGAGAAUGAGGUAAAUGACAGCUCCUCCAAAAGCAGCAUAGAGACCAAGCCAGAUGCCAGCCCACAGCUGCCGAAGAAAUCUAUCACCAACAGCACACUGACCUCCACUGGAAGCAGUGAAGCCCCUGUCUCGUUUGAUGGAUUGCCCCUGGAAGAAGAGGUGGUGGAAGGGGAUGGUCCCCUGGAGAAGGAGCUCACAAUUGACAACAUCAUUGGGGAGAAGAUUGAGAUCCUUGCCCCGGUGAAUUCGCCCUCUUUGGAUUUCAAUGAUAAUGAGGAUAUUCCCACUGAGCUCAGCGACUCAUCUGACACCCAUGAUGAAGGGGAAGUCCAAGCCUUCUAUGAAGACCUGAGUGGCCGGCAGUACGUGAAUGAGGUCUUUAACUUCAGCGUUGACAAACUCUACGACCUGCUCUUCACCGACUCUCCCUUUCAGAGGGAUUUCAUGGAGCAACGUCGAUUCUCUGAUAUCAUCUUUCAUCCAUGGAAAAAGGAGGAUAAUGGAAACCAGAGUCGAGUGAUUCUCUACACCAUCACCCUCACCAACCCUCUGGCUCCCAAAACUGCCACAGUCACAGAAACCCAGACCAUGUACAAGGCCUGCCAAGAAAGUGAAUGCUAUGUGAUCGAUGCUGAGGUGCUCACCCAUGAUGUGCCAUACCAUGACUACUUCUAUACCAUCAACCGUUAUACACUCACCCGCGUGGCUCGAAAUAAGAGCCGACUCAGGGUUUCCACAGAGCUGCGCUAUAGGAAACAGCCCUGGGGACUAGUGAAAACCUUCAUCGAGAAGAAUUUCUGGAGUGGGCUUGAGGAUUAUUUCCGCCAUUUAGAGAGCGAGUUGACAAAAACAGAGAGCACCUACCUGGCCGAGGUACACAGACAGUCUCCCAAAGAGAAGUCCAGCAAAGCCCCUGCUGUACGGAGGAGGAAGCGACCGCAUGCCCAUCUGAGAGUGCCUCAUUUGGAGGAGGUUAUGAGCCCUGUCACUACUCCUACAGAUGAGGAUGUGGGCCAUAGGAUCAAACAUGUAGCAGGCUCCACACAGACCCGUCACAUCCCUGAAGACACCCCUCCUGGCGGCUUCCACCUGCAGAGUGUAUCCAAACUGCUGCUCAUUAUCAGCUGUGUCCUGGUGCUGCUGGUGAUUCUCAAUAUCAUGUUGUUCUACAAACUCUGGAUGUUGGAAUACACGACCCAGACCCUCACUGCAUGGCAGGGCCUGAGACUCCAGGACAGGGGUCUGGGAGCACAGGACAGUCCUCUGAGCAUAACUCCAGCUGCCGGGGUGACCCUUCUUGUGCCCCACAGGUUACCUCAAUCCCAGACAGAAUGGGCCCAGCUUUUAGAAUCCCAACAAAAGUAUCAUGACACAGAGCUCCAAAAAUGGAGGGAGAUCAUCAAAUCCUCUGUGAUGCUUCUAGACCAGAUGAAGGACUCACUCAUCAACCUUCAGAAUGGCAUCAGAACCCGAGACUACUCAUCUGAAAAAGAGGAGAAGAGCAACCACUACCACUGACAAGGCAGGAACAGGAGUGACUUCAGAGGCCUGUGCAAUACAUGUACAUAGACCAUAUAAAUAUAUAUAUAUAAAUAUAUAUAUAUAUAUAUACAGAAUAUAAAUAUAUAUUAUAUACAGAUUUUAAAAAGAGAUAAUGCCUAUGUACCAGGGAAAAGGAGCGGGACUGCCUCCUGCACUGGCCGGAAAAGCAAUUUCUUUCAGUGGAGGGCAGAGGACAGCUCCUAGCACCCUCACCAACCUUCUCUAUCCUCCCAGUCCUUCCACCCCCACCCUUCCCUUGCUGGCCAUCCCUUGGCUGUUUGAAGGGAAGUGAAGUUGAGCCAAAGUCAUGCUUGGGCAGGCCCUGGGGUCUUGGAUAGGAGUCUCAAAGGGGCAUUGCUAUGGUGCUUCAUUCCCUGCCCUCCAUUUUUUUUGAAAACUGGGGAAACAAAGGGACCCCUAUCUCCCCACAAACCUAGCUUAUCCUGAAUGCUCAGAUGUGGGGGGCAGGGAUUCAGGCCUCCAACUGACAGACGGGGCUCUACCAAUACCCCACUGAGGAAAAGUGGACCUUCAGCCAGCCAGCCAGGAUUUGUUAGGAUAAGCCAAAAGGCAGUAUUUUGUGGGAUUUGCAGUGGGGUGGGAGAGUAAGGGAGUGGACAGAAUGGGAGGGCUUUGAGACUGAAGAGUCUUUGAGAAUUCUUUGUCACUUCUGCCUCCUCUGAUCUUCAUUGGGCCCUCCAGCUCAAAGCACACAUGGGCUGGGGGAGCACAGGUCUCUCAUUUUCUACUCUCUCUCUGAUGUUCACUCAGGUUGGGUCUAUGUAAAAUUAAGUUGCUUUUGAGUGCCUGAAAUUCUGCUGCCCUCUUCCUCUUCCUCUUCCCCUCCCCUCCCCUGCUCCAUCCCCUCACCCAAAAGAACAUUGUUUCUUAGGACAUGUAAAACUUACUUGAUUUUGUUAAGAACUUAUUUUUAUCAGUUUUAGGACCAGAAGGGUGAAUAUUCUUAAUUCAAUUCUCUUUGAGCCAAUGCUAUAAAAUACCCAGUGGGUGUAGGAGUAGGGUGGGACUGGGGAAGAUGGUAUGAGAGAAAGAAUGACAUGGUCAUGUGUAAUAACCAACAGGGCACAAAGAACACUGCAAAGACAUUCUGUAAAGGAGUAAGCCCAAGCUUACACUUCUUGUCCUCACCUUUUCCCAUUGUAGACUCUUAUUCAAUACUACAAAGGGAUUCUACUCUCUGGGUUGAAUUUCAUUUCUGCCAUGAAUGGACGGACCUAUUAAAUACAGAGAAAUGGGGUAGGAAAAAAAACAAAUGAGCCCAAUACAGUUUUGGACUGAGGACCAGGGUAGCAUCUCUUCCUCUUUGUUAGCCCCUAACCUAGCUAGUGCUUAGACUUUUGAAUAGAAGGGUGAAGAAAGUGGAGGAAAACUCCUUCAGGCCUUUUGGUCAAGGAGAUAUCAUGGGGUAAGGGGAUAGGACUGGAUUAGGGAAGUUGAGUCAUCAUUGUUUUUUCUUAAAAAUUGAGCUAUUAAUCAGGCACGUGGACUGGAGGGAUGGUUAGUGUCCAAGGUCCAAGCUGGCAAGCUUCUUAGCUUGGAACUCUUUCUGAGCUCUAAACCGGAACCCUGCUAUUUGCCCUUCUAAAUCCAAUGGUGUCCUUUCUGGAACAGGCAGAAUCCAAAGAGAAAUAUUGAAUUGGAAAAGAAAAGGGAGUGGCAAGGCAGUGAGGAGUCCUUUGUAGAUGAUUAAAACAUUUUCCUGGGUCCUAGGAAGGAUCAGAGAAAGUCCAAGAAUAGAGAUAAUCACAUGAAGAAGAUAAUUGUUACUAUUGAUGUUCAGCAAAUAGUAAACUUCUGUUUUUCCUGGUGGCCAGGGGGAGAGAAUGACCUGAUGGUGGGGACUUUGGGAUGUCUGUCACCACAGGAACCCAGAAAAUUCAGCAGUCCAGGGAAUUAACACAGAAUAUGAAUGUCUUUACAGAAGUGACCCUUUCUGGGGUGAGAACAGGGCCUAGCUUAGAAUGGGACUGGAAAAGUUAAAGCCCUGGGUGGUACAUUCCCAAUAAGAGUAAGGAAAAGGGUCUCUUGUUUUAUGCUGAGGUUGGCCCCUAAUUUCUGCUCCUGUCCUCAGAGGACAGCCUAAGAUUUGGGAUUCGGGGAGAUAAGAGUAACUAGAAUCCCUUUGGAGGGUGCAAAUCCCCACAAGCCAAUGCUGCUUUAUGAAACAUUACUAAUCACUCAUCUCGCAGCUGUCAACUAAAGUUUUUUUACUCCAGCCCAAUGAGCUGAUUAGUGAGUAAAAAAAAUACCAGGCAAGGAAUUAUGAAUGGCUUAUGAAUUCAUAAUAAAGGAAGGAGGCAGUAGAAUAGCCCAGAAUUCCUAAAAAUCUAGGGUGGCCACAAGCCAAGAUUGCUCACAGGAGCCUUUGGGGAGCAAGGGUUGUAAAUUAUCUAAUUUAUUUUAUUUAUCAUUAUUUAUUUCAUUGAGAGCUGCCUCCCCCUGGCUGUUGUAAGGCCUUUUCAAAUUUUUUGGCUUCAAAUAGGAGAAUGAAGAUGCAAUUCUCCCUGUUAAGCAAAGGGAACAAGGCCACACACUGGAAUAUGCUCUCACUUAACUCCUUCUAAUCUAUGCUGAACAGGACUAUUAGCAUGGAAAAUGAUUCUUGUUGGUUGCCUGAGGAGAUGAUCAGCUAGAGGGAAUACCCAGGACCUUUCUAGUGAGUAGAGACAGGAGAAAAUGUGUGACUUUUGGAGAGUUAUUUUGACUUCUUUGGGCCUCAGUUUCCUUAUCUGCAAAAUGAAGAGGUUGCACUAGAUGUUCUCUAAGGUUCUCUAAGUGCUGAGAUACUAUGAUUUUAGGGCCAGGAGAAAGGCACCAAUCUGGAUCCCUCCAUUUCCUACAUUAGAAAGCCCAGUGGCUGCAAGAUUCCUCUUAUUCAACAGCCUUUGAAGAAGAAGGGACCUCAAGCCUUGCAGAUAAGACAGUCCCCCUCCCAAAAGGCUAUUCAGCCUGGGCUACCCAAAGAGUAAAGUAAAGAAAGCAACAUCAUACUUAGUGCUGGCUUGUUAGCUAUGGCCUCGGUAGCCCCAAGCUGAUAACUCUCUGCAAGGGGCAUUCACAGCCACCACCUGCCUUAUUUCUUUUGAUCUGAGAUCUUCUUCCAAACAGAGAAGAAAACUUGAUUUCAUUUGUUUUCUCUGGGGUCCUUCCGUGUAUGUGUGUGUGUGUGUGUGUGUGUGUGUGUGUGUGUGUGUGUGUGUGUGUGUGUGUAUGUGUGUGUGUGUGUGUGUGUGUGUGUGAGGGAUCCAUACUGGGACUACAUUUGCAAAUACAUGCUUCAGGCCAAGGCUUUUUAUAAAGAUUGUAGCUGGGAGAAAUGGCCACCAGAUAUAAAUAAUUUAGAGGAAUGCAGUUGAAUCAUCCAUGGAGAUUAGCAAGGUAUGAUCCCUAGUUUAUUCUCCAGAGAACAGCUGCUUGUUGAGAUCUUCAGCUUGGAAGCCACCUCCAGGUUUCAUCAAGAGUCAGGGCCUUGAAGCUCAAUGUUUGGGGAGGAUACGGUAGGUAGGCCAGAUUGUCUCAGGAGCCUUUAAAGACUGACCCUGUUGGAUUAGGGCUUGGAUUUUUCCAGGGUUGUAGAGGAAUAUCACAUUUUAUCUUAAUUGGCAGGAGCUGGGUGGGCCCUAAGAGUCCAGAGAGAUCAGUCUGUCUAGCUCACUAUUCAUCCCAGGACACAUUUCCUCCCCCCUGACCUCAGUUUUUCUUUGUCUGAGGAUAUUUACUCACUUGGAUUCCCUGUGAGUUAAGAGAGGGGGCUGGAUAGUGGGUUCAGUGAAGUCCUCCCUCCCUGGAGGAAGCUUUGGGGAAUCUCCAUCCCCGUCUCUUCCACUGCUUCCUUUAGCAUCUUCUUCUCCUGCUUCCCCCACUCCCCUCACCCCUCAGAAAAAAUCCAAACCUAGCUAAGGGUUUGGCUUAACUGUGAAGUGUUCACUAGGAGCCUCCAGAGACAUUCAGGGCAUCGAACCCAAGAAGCUGGGACCAGGAGGAAGGACUCUGAGUGACCAUGAGCAGAACAUUUAGUUAGGAACAGGUAGCCUGCUCCUUUCUUAGACGGUGCCUCAGGUUCCUCAGACGGCAGCUCUAGGGUGAGAUCUAGGGAAGGGCCUCGGGGAGGAAUAUCUGUGAUGUUUGUGAUCCUCCAAAAGAUUCUUUCCGUGCCAUAUCAUGCUGCUUAUCUAGACGUGCACGGCAGCCAAAGCUACUCCCUCCCUUACCUUAAUCCAGAACCCUCUUUUCCAGGAAUCUGGGAUAUGAACUUCCCACCCCACUUUCCAUCAGAAGAACCUCUUUCCCUCAUGCUAUCCCUCUAACGCCAUUGCUCCCUCGCUGUGUCUCUAGGCUAUGAGACAAUCACGCCUUCCCCCUAGCAUUCUCCCUCAUUUGGGCAGGCUGGCCCCGCUCCCCUUCACCUCUAUGUUCCCUUCCAGAAGAUGCGUUUUUGGUUCUGAGAGGAACAUUUUUCUGGAAGACCACCUUUUUUAACCACCUCGCUUUCCUACGUGUGAAAGCAGAAAUUUUGCACAUGGCGUAGAGAGCUCUCCUCCCCCCUUCUCUCUGCCCAGCCUCGUUACCUCACUCCUCCUGCCCUGGCUGGUGGCGUCUGUGACGGGACCAGGCCGGAUCUACUCCUUGCACCCAAACCCCUACCCCCUAGCCCAUGUUCCAUGUGACAAGCACAGCUCAGGGGUCUUGGGCAUUGUUUUCUGUUGCACUCAUGGUCCUCUCCAGGCCUAGGAACCUGGACCAGAGCGCGGCUGCUAGAGAGAAGCACCUCUCCCGCCAAGGGUACUGACGCCAGACGAUCUCCCCCACAUGUGAAAGCUUAAAGAACAUUUUCUUGCCUCCCCUCACCCUCCACCCCCAACCCCUGCCUCUGGCCCCUUGCUCUUCUCAAAACAAUGCGGCACUUUGCAGAAUCAAUAUGGCGGCCUCUACGCAAAGUGGGAAGACUGGGCAGCAGCUGGGAGGUCCGUCCUGGACUUAGGUGCCAGUUGCCUUGAGCACGUAGGAAAAGCAGCAUUUUGCCAAGCAAUCCUGCGUGGAUCCCAGCUCUUCCUUGCCCCACACUCUAUGGCCAGGCCAGAAUCUGCAUCUUCCUCACCCAAGGUGCUUUUAUUCCCCACUCACCCUGGGCUCCAAGUUGAGGGGAGGGGGAGGGCGAGCGCCUGCAGCUGCCCCUGGGGCAACACUGGAAAUGUGUGGGGUGGGAUGGGGUGCCUGGGAAGGGGGAAGAGUGCCGGUUUGAAUACAGUCAGGUUGUCUGGCUGUCUUUUGUUUAGUACUAUAACUGUACUUUGCCUGGCGCUGCGCGCAAGGUAUGAAACCGGAAACUUACUGCUAGAACCUAGAAACAUACAAGGCUACUCAGCCAAAUCUUAAUGUAAAGUAGCUAGAGCCAUGGAAGUAUGGUAUGAAUUAAAGGGAAAAAAGUAUUGAACAAACUAAGACAAAA